AUUGUGAAAUCGAAGCAAUCACCAAACUUUCCAACGGAGAAGAAGACAUCAUCCACGAUGCUCGAUUGCUCUCUUCUUCCAGAUUCUUUGUCUCCGUCUUCAUCAGCAAAAAUGGCAAAACCUGCAAUGGAAUUGUUACAGCUGCCGGAAGAGUUACUGCAAAUUAUCAAAGACAAGUUGAAGGACUCUUUUGAUGUUAUACAUGCUCGUUCUGUUUGUUGCCCAUGGCGAUCAAUCUUUCCCUUUCCUUCUUGUCUUCUACGCACAAGUUACUCGCUUCCAUCAAUCGCCGCCAAGUUUCCUCGCAAAAGCAGAGGCUCGUGCACCGUCGAGAAGUUCCCAAUGUUCGUCUUUAGAGUCCGGUCUCCUGAUAAUGCGUUGCCUUCUGAGUUUUUUAUGGGAGGAGUAGGCCAAGACAAGUCAGAGGAUCAUAUGAAGCUUCCAUCUUCUUCUAUUCAGUGCUCAGUGAAAGUGAAGAUGGGAGAAUGUGACCCGACCUUCAUGAACAUUCUCGACUGUCAGAUUCUCCCUCUGGGCUAUCAGUACAGAAUGGUCGGUUACGAUCCUGAUUCAUUUUCAUCAAGUUACAGAGGCGUGGCUUUUCUUCCGCUAAGAGGAGGAGAAUUCAUCGUGCUAAUGGCCUACUCUCUUGAUUUGUUUGUGUUACGAAGUGCUCAAAUGAGGUGGGUGCGCCUUCAGAGAGCCUCAGAAGCUCAAUGCAAGGGUUUAGUCGCUUUUAGAGGCAAGUUUUAUGCAACCUUUAUUAACGGAGACAUCUUCGUUAUCGAUCCUUAUUCGCGGGAAGCGACUCCCCUUAUGCCGACUCCCCUGAUGCCCUUGCAGCAGCCUCUGAUGUCAAGUAAGUAUCUGUUUGCAAUUGGUGAUGAUGAACUGUUUCUGGUUGAGAAGUUCAACCCUUUUCCUGAAGCUGAGGGCCUAGAUUUUUCUCGCUUGGCUCUUAGAGUGAGUGUGUUAGAUGAGAAGGCCGGUGAAUGGGUCGUGGUCACCGAUUUAAGAGACCGUUUGUUCUUUAUUGGACACUAUGGAAAUGUUAGCUGCUCGGGGAAGGAGCUUCCCGAUGGUUGUGGUCUGAGCAAGAACUCGAUUGUGUACACCAGUUUUGGAGGCGAUGUAACGUACGCCUAUAAGUAUGGAGUGCAUACGGGAAGAGAAGAAGAUGACCUCAGUUUUUGGAGAUUCUUCAGAGAGAACAGCGUGAACUUCCUCAACACGUAUUCGGUGGUGAUUCUCCGGGUUGAACGCGAAACCGUAGAUCUUACUUUGGAUACCUGA